AUGCGAGCCCAACUCGUCGCCACCACUCUGCGUGCUGCAGCGCGGCCCACACUCGCGAAAACAGCCUCCCGUCUGGUCGCUCUCCCCACCCGUUCAUAUAGCGACCACCCGGCCGAGACUUUCGAAUCCUUCACCCAGCGUUAUGUCGAAUUCUUCAACCAAGCUGAGGACGUCUUCGAGGUUCAGCGCGGCCUCAACAACUGCUUUGCUCAUGAUUUGGUUCCUGCCCCUUCCGUCAUUGACGCUGCUGUUCGCGCCUCCCGACGCGUAGACGACUUUGCCACCGCUGUCCGCAUCUUCAACGGCGUAAAGGUCAAGGUGGAAAACAAGAAGCAGUACCAGGAGUAUCUUGAUGAGCUCAAGGGGCUGAGGGAAGAGCUUGGCAUCACGCUGGAGGAGGAGCUGUAUCCCGAGACGUCAUGA